GCUUAGGCGAGUGUGGUGGACGGGGAGCCGAGCUACCUCGAAUAAAGGCUCUUUUGCUUUUGCAUUGGACUUGGCCCUCUGAUGGUCUUUUGGGGAUCCUGAAAUCUGGGCUUAACACACACUGCUGAAAAGGAAGGUUUCAGUUUCAAAUUGCUUUCAGUUUCAAAUUGCACGCCAAGGCUAGGAGAGAAAAGCCAUGGCCGACAAAGUCCUGAAGGAGAUAAUUUCAAUCCUAUCACUGACCGAGGACAUAAAAAAUGAGUUGUUGGAUGACCUAUUGGAGAAAAGAGUGCUUUACCAGGAGGUGAUGGAGAAAGUAAUAAAUGAAAAUGCCACAGUUAUGGAUAAGGCCCGAGCUUUGAUUGACCCAGUCAUUUGGAUAUGGGCCCAGAAAAGCAAAGAAUAUGUGGAUCACAUCUGGGAAAUCUCCUCCCACCUUGUCGAGAAGUUGGUGCUGCCCUCAGGUAAUGUCUACAACUCAGACUAAAGUCCAAUCAGGCCCUGUGCCA